AUGCGGCGGGUGGUGGUGAUAAAGGCGAAGACGCCGCCGGAUGUGUUCAAGACGGGGAAGAAGGUGUUGGUGAAGAAGUUGCCUCCGACUGCGAAGCCGAAGCCUAAGCCGACGUUGGCAAAGACAGCGAGUCCACAGUCGGAGGAUGGCGGGGAGGUAGGUCACUGGAGUCGUCAAUUAGGUCCGUUGGAGAAGCAACGGUUGGUUGGUGGUAUGUUUGAUUCGGAUGAAGAAGACGACCGUCGCCGGAGGCGUCGGCGGCGGCGUCGACGACGUUACGACUCGGAUGAAUCGUCUGACUGGGAGGACUCUGAGUCGGAUCAUUUCAACUGGGACCCACGACGUAGUGCGGAGAUAAUAGCGAAGCACCGGGGUGUGAACAACUACGUGAAUGCACUCAAGGCUGAGAUUAAUGCGUUACAGGAGCGACUAAACCAUGAAGGUGGCGGAGGUGCAGUGAUGGGGGCAGGUGGUACGGACCAGCGCGGACGGCGACUGAUCUUUUUUCAGCAGCAGAACCGGUCGGUAUGUCGGCGUCUGCGACGGUCGGUGCGGCAGUGUGUACGACUCCAGAUGCGCUUGGCCAAACACGGCCUUUCGGUCGAUGAGCCGAUUGUGGAGGAGUUCCCCUAUUGGGAAAUCAACGAUACUCUUGCUGGCGGCCGCGGAGGCCCCUGCCGCUGUACCAAGGCACUUUGUGUACUCGUCGAAGCUCUCGAAGAAUUGGUUCCUGCACACGAAUCUAGUGUCUGGGAAACCCGUAUACAAGUCGUCAGUCAACAGCGAGAUAAACUAUUCAACGAACUUAUGGCUGUCAGAGACCGCCUCACCGAAAUACAACUCAUUGUCAACGCCGAUCCCUUCCUGCAAGCACGCAUCAACACAAGCUCACUCGGAUUAGACAUCAACUGCGCACUCAAUAAGGAAGAACAACAACUCAUCAUGCUACGGAAAAUACAGGGACUCGAAAUGUUCGUUCGUGAACUUGAGAAUCAACUACUCGUGGAAAAAACUAUCAGCCAACAAUGGCGACCAGAAUUGCGCAAACUGAGCGGCUCCGUGGCAAAGGCCUUCAGCGAAAUACUCAGCCAAGACAUAAACUUUUGUGAGUUCUCCGAAAAAAUGGCUGCCGUUGUCGACAGACUCAGCAACUCCGAACAACUUAAAGGUGGUUCCGCCGAAGACUCACUCAAACUCAGAGUCAGACAGGACGCGAAAAGAAUUCAGUUUUAUGUGGAGAGGAUCAGUGAGUUGGAGCGCCAGGUGGUCUUUCUAACCAAUCCUUCGCAUGAGCACAAUGUAAGCAACACUAUUUGUAAAGGCGGCGGUGGCGGUGGCGUGAAGUAUGGGGCGGUGCAAGAGACCGCGUUGCCGUUGACAACUGAGCAGCGUCUUCGUUUGACCCGUUUGGGGCCAGGCGGGUCGGAUGGCAGCCAGUCCGACAGCAGCUCGUCUGACCAGAAGGUCGCGUCCAGACGUAAGGCUGGCUCCGAAAGCUAUGUGCCAACAAAAUACCUCGAGAAGGAUCGGGCACGCACGGAAGGCUUCUUGACAUUGUCCGGUGUGCCGUUGGCGGGCUUGUCUCUAAGGACGGGUGCGCCGAAGCGAAAGAUGACUGGCAGACCGCCGUCAAGGUCGGCCGGGGAUCAAGCCCAACAAAAUGGUGGUCAACCUCAGGGCGGGGAUCAGUCAUCACUGGCGGGGUUACCGGACACUGCCGCCUCCGUCGCCUCCUAUUUGUCAAGCAAGUUGUUCUCCCUUCCUGCUUCGUAG